UCUAAUGUUUUCUGCUAGAGGCUUCUGCUCCCUGGUCCAGAGUGCAACGACCCAAACUAAAUCUUUGUUUAGACUGUUUGUCUGAUUUCUGACAGUGAAGAAGAAUGGAUUUGAAAGGAAAAGUAGCUCUGGUCACCGGAGGCACAGGUGGAAUAGGAAGAGCUUGUUGUGAAGAACUUCUGAAAUACGGAGCGAAGGUCUCUAUUUGUGAUUUGGAUAUGGCUGAAGGUGAGCACAUUGUAAAACAGCUCAGUCUGAAGUAUGGUAAAGACAGGAUUCUAUUUUGUCAGUGUGAUGUUACUGACUACCCACAAUUUGAAGAAUCUUUCCAAACAACAAUGGCUGCUCUCGGUGGACUUGACAUAGUUGUGAACAAUGCUGGCAUAAUGAAUGACCGUUUGUGGGAGCUGGAAGUUGAUGUAAAUCUUAAUGGCAUGAUACGUGGGACACUCUUAGCACUGAGGUUCAUGGGGAAAGAUAGAGGAGGACGUGGUGGUGUUGUCGUUAAUAUGGGAUCUAAUGUGAGCCUGAGACCAUAUGUGAGUGUGCCAAUAUAUACAGCAACAAAACAUGCAAUAGUGGGAUUCACACGCUCAUAUGGGGAUGCAUAUCAUCUAAAUAUGACCGGUGUGCGAAUUUUAGCACUUUGCCCUUCAGCCACAGACACUAAGCUAGUCCAAAAUGUGAAGAAGCAAUUGCUUUCAUCUGAGUUUGAAAAAGCAUGGCAGAGAGAUACAGCUAAUUCAGCAUUGCAAAAACCUGAAUGUGUCGGGAAGGCUCUGGUACAGAUCCUACACAAAGCCGUGAGUGGCUCAGUGUGGUCUGUAGAAAAUGGUCAACCACCAUACCAAGUCAACUUCUCAUAAACACAUGUUGCUCAGAGUUAAUGUGUAAGAAUGAAUUAUUAUUCAUUCAAAUGAUGCAGCAUUUUACAUGAAUUUCUAAGUACAGCCUUAAUCAACCUUACUUACUGCAUUAGUCACUACCCUCAAGGUGUUGAUUUUUAAUUUGUAGCAAAUUAUUAUCAUUGAGAGAUUUCAAUGUCAUCCUAAAGGGGAAAUAAUGAUUCAAUACUUUAUCCUGCUUAGGUUAUUAAAGUAGAGAAUAUAUUUUGUAGUGCACAAAAACUCAACAGUUUGUUGAGAAGAGUUCCUCCUCCCUUUCUUCUUGGAGAGGAAAGGGGGAGAGGGUUAAGGAGUUGGGGAGGCAAAUGCUAUGAAGAUAAAAAACGUUUUGGAGCUGGACUCAUUCCCUGUUAAUUCUAUUACCUUUAAAAAUUUGAAUUGUAACCAAUACAAAAAAUAUAAGUGUUUCAAAACAGUUUUUAGAAUUUUCUAA